UAGGCGGUAGACUGUUGUCCCCGCGGUGGGAGUUGUUGUUAUCAAAACUAACAACAUCGUUUCUCCUUUUUUCUUGAAAUCUUUUUUUGGACGCAGGUUUGCAUAUAAACUCAACGGGGAAGUAAAUAUUUCUGUUUUUGUUGACUGUUCAACCGCCAACUAACGACCGCGGCGAGUCAAGUGGGAACUCUUCACUGCAAUUAACUUGUGUGGAUUUGUUUCUGAUGCUCCGACUGAGAGCCGACAGUUUGCGGCUGUCUGUUGACGGUCUAUUGGCUUAAAUGUCCUGUCUGUUUGGUCGACUCUCUGCACUCGGGAUACAUCGGAUUCUACACAAAAUAAACGCUGGAGUGACUGAGGUCCAGGCUUUUCAUUUUUUACCUGGUUCGUACCCUUUUCCUCCUCCCCCCAUUUAGCCGCCUCCGGCUAAUGAGCCGUUUCCCGUGUUUUUCCGGUUGAUUUACGGCCGCACUACCGGUGGAGCGGAGGAGAGACAGCGACAGAAAGACAGAGAGGAGCAGGGGUUCACAUUAAACGGUCGGUGAACUCGGACGGAGCGGAGUGGGGCGGUUUUGUUUGAAAUUAACGACACUUAGUCCUAAUAAUAACGGCGGAUGGAUUCGUCUCCGUGAUCGGGAGCGCCCCACAUCCUUACUGUACCCUAGUUGAUCCCUCGAAGCGGGGUUUUACGAAGGAAACGGUUGUAUCCUCCCGGAGAUAACAAUGUUUCCCCAGGGACGACACCCGACGCCCCACCAGGCUCCAGGCCAGCCCUUCAAGUUCACCAUCCCAGAGUCACUGGACCGCAUCAAGGAGGAGUUCCAGUUUCUUCAGGCACAGUACCACAGUCUCAAACUGGAGUGUGAGAAGCUGGCCAGUGAAAAGACGGAGAUGCAGAGACACUAUGUCAUGUACUAUGAGAUGUCAUAUGGCCUCAACAUCGAAAUGCACAAACAGACUGAGAUUGCCAAGAGACUAAACACCAUCUGUGCACAAGUCAUUCCCUUCCUCUCACAGGAGCAUCAGCAGCAGGUGGUCCAAGCUGUGGAGCGGGCCAAACAGGUGACCAUGGCAGAGCUCAAUGCUGUCAUCGGGGUACGCGGACUGCCAGGUCUUCCACCAACCCAGCAGCAUCUAUCCCAUAACCAUGGUGGUGCCCCUGUGCCCCUCACCCCUCACCCUGCCGGUCUCCACCCCUCUCAGCUGGGUGGUUCAGCUGGCCUCCUGGCUCUAUCAGGAGCACUUGGUGCCGUUCCUCCCCAUCUGGCGGGAAAAGACGGUGGUGAUAAAAAGCCCCACCUGUCCGGACCGGACUCACACACUGGAGGACCCGAGCACCUGCGAGAGCGAGAGCCUGGCACCAGUAACUCAUUGCUGCCAGAAAGUCUUAGGAACUCAGAUAAGCGACGCAAUGGACCUGAGUUUCCAAAUGAUACUAAGAAACGCAAGGUGGAUGACAAGGACUCCAGCCACUAUGAUAGCGAUGGGGAGAAAAGUGAUGAUAAUUUAGUGGUGGAUGUCUCAAAUGAGGAUCCAACCUCCCCUCGUGGCACGCCUCUCCCUUCACCUAGAGAGAAUGGCCUGGAUAAAUCGCGUCUUCUCAAGAAAGACCCCUGUAGUCCAGCCUCUACUGCAUCAUCAGCAAGCUCCUCUUCUCUCAAGUCCAAAGAGAUGGCAAUGCGAGAUAAGGCAGGUACACCUGGGCUAAAGUCAAGCACACCCACACCUAGAGGUGACUCCACUCCUGGUCCGAGCUCCACACCUGGAAUCCGGCCCAGUCUAUCCAAACCUCCCUCCAUGGAGAUACCACAUCCACCUACUGCAGGUUUGCGGACACCCCUUGCAGUACCAGGUCCAUACCCGGGUGCAUUUGGUAUGUUGCCCCACGCAGCAGGGAUGAACGGGGAGCUGGCAGGUGCAGCCGGGGCUGCGGCCUAUGCUGCUGGACUGCACAACAUGUCACCUCAGAUGAGUGCUGCUGCUGCAGCCGCUGUGGCUGCAUAUGGCCGUUCACCAAUGGUUGGUUUUGAUCCUCAUCCUCAUAUGCGAGUUCCUGGAAUGCCUCCCAGUCUGACAGGAAUUCCUGGCGGCAAACCCGCCUACUCUUUUCACGUGGCGGCUGACGGGCAGAUGCAGCCCGUGCCGUUCCCUCCGGAUGCUUUGGUGGGCCCAGGGAUUCCUCGCCAUGCCCGUCAGAUCAACACAUUGAACCACGGAGAGGUGGUGUGCGCUGUUACCAUCAGUAACCCCACCCGACACGUUUACACAGGAGGGAAGGGUUGUGUCAAGGUCUGGGACAUUAGUCACCCAGGAAACAAGAGCCCUGUGUCACAGCUCGACUGUCUGAACCGAGACAACUACAUCCGCUCUUGCCGCCUGCUUCCUGAUGGUCGAACACUGAUAGUAGGAGGUGAGGCGAGCACGUUGUCAAUCUGGGAUUUGGCCACACCUACUCCUAGGAUCAAGGCAGAGUUAACAUCAUCAGCACCAGCAUGCUACGCUCUGGCCAUCAGCCCAGACUCCAAGGUCUGCUUUUCUUGCUGCAGUGAUGGUAACAUCGCAGUCUGGGAUUUACACAACCAGACACUCGUUAGGCAGUUUCAGGGCCACACAGAUGGAGCCAGCUGUAUUGACAUCUCCAAUGAUGGCACCAAGCUGUGGACCGGAGGCCUCGAUAACACUGUCCGCUCCUGGGAUCUGAGAGAGGGACGGCAGCUGCAGCAGCAUGACUUUACAUCACAGAUCUUCUCCCUUGGCUACUGUCCGACAGGAGAGUGGCUUGCUGUGGGAAUGGAGAGCAGCAACGUUGAGGUCCUUCAUGUCACCAAGCCUGACAAAUACCAGCUUCAUCUACAUGAGAGCUGUGUACUCUCCCUGCAGUUUGCCUACUGUGGUAAAUGGUUUGUGAGCACAGGAAAGGAUAACUUACUGAAUGCAUGGAGAACACCCUAUGGAGCCAGCAUAUUCCAGUCUAAAGAAUCAUCCUCAGUGCUAAGCUGUGACAUAUCUGUGGACGACAAGUACAUUGUCACCGGUUCAGGGGACAAGAAGGCCACUGUUUACGAGGUCAUCUACUAAACAUAUGGAAAGAAAGCAAGGACACCUGUUUCCCCCCGCCCACACACACUGAUAUGUUUCUAGAAAUUUUCACAUGGAGCCAGAAAUCGCAGACAAGAAUGACCUUGAUGGCACAUUCCUGUUUCUGUUACAUCUGCCGACAAGACACAAACAGGAGAGAAGCAUUUUAAAUGACUCCAAAUCAGUUGGGAGCUAUUAACUGGAGAAGCUGGAUGUUAAUGGAAGGAGAGGAACAAUUUGGAUGGUUCUUGUCUCUACUCUUUUCUGCUAUGGACUGCACUGGGAUCAUUUACAGGGACCACACAAUGUCUGAACCGAAAGCGGCUCUGCAUUGUUCUGACUGGGACCACCUCUUCUGGAAAAGACCGUUCUCAACAUCAUAUAUUGAGACACUUCAUUCGGUGUGACUACACAGACCCUAGAACAAACACUCAGAUCAGAGGGUAGAAUAUGUAAACAAACGGCAGACGGAAAGAGCAGAAGGUGGAUAGAAAUGGAUAUAAUUUUGGAGAGACAAAGGAGGAGAAGCAACAGCAGAUGAACAGAUGGAUGAACAUUUUAUAGACAGUGAAUGCAGAACAUGUUGGUUUGCAUUUUGUUCUUGACAGAUAAUGCUCGCAGCCUGUUUAUCUCUCAGCUCUGACUCUUUGACCUUAAAACAUCAGCUUGCUGUUCUGAUACGCCUACACUGUCUGAAAAGUACCUUUUCUGUCUUAACUGUAAGUCCAAUCCUCACUAACUGCACUGUAGUGGUAGCUGUCCACCUACACACUUAGUACACACACAAAACUUACAAAAUACCCAUACAGUACUUUUUAAACAUGCUAAAGGCCUCGUUGAAUUGUCUAGCAUCACACUACUGUUAAAGUCUGUGUUGGGUUAAUUUGAUCCUCCUGAGGCACUCAGAUUGCAGUAGUUCUCCUUUUCUAGUGUAUCUGUUUCAACAGAUUAUUUCCUUACUUUUUUUUUCCACACUCUCCACAAAUUCGGAAGUCUCCUGGAUAUUCAUAGAAAUGUUUGAUAUAAAACUACAUUUCAAAACAAGGAGAGAGAAAAGGAAGGCAGCAUCAUAAGCCUUCAUAUUGUGGUUUGUUUUGUUAAUUUCUUGGCCCUUACACCCUGUUCUUGAGUAGCCGUGGUUGUUAUCAACUGCACAUGCUGAUGAGGUUUCACAUUAAUGAAUGAAUAUUUCAGAGACUCAGUAUUGAUCACUGGUCAGCUGGAUGUAGUUUCACAUUUACAGAUGGUGUUGAAAUCUAGACAUGGCCCUGCUGUUAUUUUUAAUGCAGUUCAUUUGUUUGUGGUCUCUUUUACAAAAAGUUCACUGGUUGAGGUCGUAAUAAUAACAUAAAUGGUCUUGAAUUUAAAUUUUUCCCCUUAAUUUGAAACCCACUUGAUUACUGUCUUUAGUGUUAUAAAUUCACCCUGACCUUGCCUUUAUCACUCUUUGAAACACAUGAUGUCUUACUGUAUGGAUGGUUAAUCACACUUUGUAAACAGGGACCGAUUAAGAUUAUCUUAACAUGUGAUUUAAUCUUGUAUUUAUUGGAAAUCCUAUGUGAACAAGUGAAAAAUCCUCUGGAGCAUAUUCACCAAACAGAUUGCCAUUUUUGCCAUAUAUUGUCACUUGUUUUAACGUGUUGUUGAAACUGGGACAUUGGCUAAAUAGCCUUGAGAAGUAAAACCUUUUUUUAAUUUUUUCAAAGAAGCUUUUAGGAUAACAAGCAGGAUUAAAUUAUUUGUCAACAUAGUCUUAUAGAGGUACAAUAGUAUUUCAGCUUCAGGAAGGAAUCAGUGUCAGCCAUUUUAAACUCGUUAAUUUCACAACUUUGUGCUUAGGUUUUUUUUGGGUUUUUUUAAUCUAUUUUUGUCUGUUGAAUGUAAAAAUGUAUAUAUGUUUUUUUUUCUUACAGGACAUGCUUUAGAAAUAACAAACUUUUUUUGUACGUCUUUUACAUGGAAAAGAAACUUCUAAUCAGGAGAAAUACUAAAUGGUCUUAAUGCUAGCUAAUCUAUAAUGAUUGAAAUGUCUAGACAAUAAAUGUGUUCUU